UUUUGCAGGCAAAAAAAAUACACACACUCCCACACCUCUGAAUUCACAGCGCGGCCACUUCAGAUAUCAUCGUCGAUUCUCAGAAUUAUAAACAAACCUAAAAAAGUAUACUAAUAGGGAAUUUCAUUGUAAUUAAUUUUAUUGAUUUCUGAAAGGGAUGGCGGCUUCAUCGCCAGCCCUAAGCAACAACAGUAACGAUACGCCGAGUUCCUCCGGCGCCGGCGCUGCCACCUUCAACGUCAAUACUCCUCCCUCAGCUGCCGCCACGUCGAAGAAUCUCCGCGGACUAAACAAACCUAAGUGCAUUAAGUGCGGCAACGUUGCUCGUUCCAGGUGUCCAUAUCAAUCAUGCAAAAGUUGCUGCGCAAAGGCUCAAAAUCCAUGCCACAUUCAUGUUCUUAAAGGUGGUUCAAAUAUUCCGGACAAGAUAAAUUCUUCUAGCUCACCUGCAACGGAUCCUCAAUCAGCUGAUGUAUCUCACUCUGGAAACUCGCACAGGGUUGCUUCCCUACGCCAACUUUCUAAUACCUUUGCGCAGUUCAACAAUUUGCAAACCCCUGUCCGAUCCAGGAAGCCUCUGACACGAAAGGAUGCUCAGGUGAUAAACGAAUGGAGAUUUUUGAAAUUGAAGGAAUUUAGAGAUAGGAACAUUGAAGCAGAAAAUGAAGCUUUUGACCGCUAUAUGAGGAAUGUUAGUCUAUUGGAGGAGGUAUUUUGUGUUAAUUCGGCACUGGAUGGGCAGUUUGAAGAAGGAUCCUCGGCAGCAAAUACUGACCGUUCUGUGGAUGACUGUAAUGAGAUAAUGGUACCAGGAUUGAAGCUAAAGCUGAGGUCAAAUCCAGUUAGAAUUGAAAACUUCAGGAAGAGGGUGCAGUAUAUUGUUGAUCAGGGAUUGAGGGAGCUUAACAAAUUGGAGUCAAAUGAUGGCAAUGGCGAACUUGGCGAUCCAGAUGAAAUGGGGAACAGACCGAAGAAGAUGAAGUCUUCUUGGAGAGCUGAAAGAGCGUCAGCCUUGAGCGAUCUUAUUGACAAGUUAAAUAAAGCCCGCAAUGAAGAAGAUUUAAAAGCUUGCUUUGACAUGUAUUCUCAUAUCUCCAAGAGAGCAAGCAAGACUAGUCAAGCGGAUUCUGAUCUUGCUGAGGCAUCCGACGAGCAGAAUCCCGUUGAUAAUCUGUUGCAUAAGGAACGUGCCAGUUAUGCUCCGUCGAAGUGGUUUAGCUCGACUCCGAUUGAUCAGGAGUCCCUUUGUAGAAUAGAUUCAUAUUUUUGUUCCCUUGAGGACGUGGAGGAUUUAUGAAUUUAGCUUACUUUAACAGGAAGGAUCACUGUUUUUCCGAUUGAGUCGCUGGGAUUAACGAUUUUGUAGGUUCCUCUCUGCUGUCUAGGAUUUUAUGAUAACCUCUUUGCUGCUCUAUUUGCAUGGAACGUUUACUUUG